CCCCGCCCCCUGAUGUGGCUCUAUACGUGUACGGGUUCCACCAUUACCCCGCCCCGCAGGGCUGCGCACGCGCCGCACAGACACCGGAAGGCAAGUGCUGUUGAGCAACUGGCAGUUGGGCGCGUGGAGGAGCCGGCUCCGUGCGACUCUCGCUAAAACGAAAAAUGGCCAAGAGUUUAAGGAGUAAAUGGAAGAGAAAGAUGCGAGCUGAGAAAAGGAAGAAGAAUGCGCCGAAGGAACUCAGCCGGUUAAAGAACAUUCUGAAAGCAAAUGCUGAUAUUGUAAUGGAGGAGGUUAAAGAAAUAGCAACGGUCGUCACUCCCGAGAAAGUCAAAGAUCAAGGUGACGAAGUGAAGAUGGACACACAGAUUAAAAGAAACAAAAAGAAUCUUUUAGACCAACAUGGACAGUACCCAGUAUGGAUGAAUCCCAGACAGAGGAAGAAGCUUAAGGCAAAACGGGCUAAAGGAAAAAACAAAUCCAAGGUGGCCAAGGGAUUAGCAUGGUAGCUUCAAAGAAGUUUGAAGGAUGGGAAAGAGACUAUGUAGAAAACGGAGGCCACCUCAGGCUGGGUCCAGCUACCAAGUGUAAAUUAUCAUUAAGUCUGGAGACUCUAUUAGAUCAGAAAUUGAUGAAAGGGACAUCAAUUUUAUAUCUAGUUAACUCAUUUUCUUUUAAAUUAAGUGUUUCACCUGCCUUUGAGUCCUCUGACCAAUAUUUGUGGUUAUGCAUUUUUAAAUAUUUUUCUCACUUGUUGCUGUGUUGGUCUUGAACACAGGAACAACUGUAGAAACCAUGGAACCACCUAUGCACCGUAGGAGGUAAAAUAUUUUAACAGAAACAUGUUCUGUAAAUUGACAGUGUCCUUCUAAUUUUCCCGUAGAACUUUUUUUUUGAGUUCUGAUGUGUUUGUUUUAAUAUUGAAGUAUUAAAUUAUGAAAACAUAUUGUGUGACUUUAUAUAGACAUUAUAAACUGAAAUUUGGUUCAAAUUGAAACAUUGAAAACCCAAGACCAAUAAAAAUGUUGCUAUUAAUUAUUUUUAAAAAUUUGAAUAGAAAUGGUUAUUUUUAAACAAAGAAACCUUGUGUUUGCAACCCAAACAUUAUCCUACUUAGAAAUUGAAAGUAAAAUAGACUUAAUGGAUUUUCAUUGUCCAUCUGAAAGAAUGCAAAGGCAUAAAGAGUAAAAAUAAAAUAAAUAUAAACUGUACUUUAAACAUUUUUCUGAACAGUUGUAAUAUAGGUAAAUAAACAUGUUGGCAAUA